AUGUAUGAUGGCUUCCCGAGCGAUCAUACACCUCGACCUGCUGCAAACGAAAAACCAGUUUACAAUGCAUUUGAAGACGAUGGCAUCCCUGGAUUGCUGACUGCCAUGAACUCUUCAGGGCUAAGAAGUGAUCGCCAUCUACUUAAGGGACAAAUCGCUGGCGCUGGACGCCACAGCGACCGCGAUGACCUUCGCACUAAGUCAGCACGAACGCGCUAA